AUGAAUCAUAUCAACCGUAUCCGAGAUAUACUCAUCAACCUUGAUUCACAAAGCUCUCUUCAUGAAGAAACAGUUGCAGAAUGUGCAUUGGUAUAUUAUUAUAAUGCUGUAAGUAAGUUUCUGAAUGGAAUCCUCUUCUAUGAGGAGAAGUUAAAUGAAGUCUUGGAGUCUUUGAACAACAAGCUCAAUUCACAGAGUGAAAAGGGAAUUAACGCGGUCAAAGAAACUCUGGACACACUUCGUAGGCUUAAGGAGACAAUACAACCUAAAAUCGAAUGUCCUUUUAACCAACUUUCUCAUCCUCCAGAACUAACAAAUAUUGAAAUCCUCGAGUACAACUUCAAAACUUUUGAAGAGUACUUCAAAGCAAUCGAUAGAAUGGUUUCUUCGGAAGGACAGAUUCCAUUUGAAGAGUUCAAGGAUGCACUCAGGAAUGUCUUGCCAUAUGUCGAUUAUCCACUGACCCACAGUACAGGAUCCCAUUCUAUUGUUCUCAAAAACGUAUUUCUUCAACUCUUGGGGGAGUAUAAUGUCUCUGCUGUAUUUGAAAAUACCUGUCUCAAUAAGUAUUAUGAAAACUUAAGAAUAAUAGGAAGAAAAGUUCUCCAGAAGCAUUUUGAAUCUCUCAUAAAAAGUCUUGUCUCAGAAAACUGGAAAAACGAAAUAGAAAAGGAACUAAGUGCUUUGGAAAGGGAGGUAUCCCUGGCGUAUAAACAUCAAAGGAAAAGAAUAGAACAAGGAAUCCAAGAUGCUCGAGCUGUCUUAAACUCCCUUUCUCAGGAUGUAACCGAACUUCAGGAUGAAUAUGAGAGAAUUUUUGGCCUUCUUAU